AGUUCUCGUAUACCCGGUAGAAGUGACGGUAGGCAGUGCGUCGGUAACAGUCAUUGUAAUAUUCGGACGCGGCGCGGUCAUCGCGUCGACAUCGCGCCGGCGAUAAAACAACAGUGAUUGAGAAAGGAAAACAAAAAACAAACCGAUUCGCCGUCAACGACGCGCAAUGACGGCCGCGCGCGUGACGCGGGCACUGCUGCUGACGGCGGCCGCGGCCGCGGCGGGGCCGCCGGACGCCUCCGUUUUCCGGUUCACCGUUCUGCACGCCAACGACAUGCACGCCCGGUACGAGGAGACGUGCACGGACCGAACGUGUUUCGGCGGUUUCGCCCGGAUGCGCGCCGCGGUGGACGCCGAGCGGGCCCGGGCGGCCGCGGCCGGCGCGCCCGCCGUGUUCCUGCACGCGGGCGACUUGUUCUUCGGCACGCCGUUUUACGACGCGCUCGGCUGGGAGCCGGCCGCCGAUCUGUUCGGCGAUCUGGGCGCGGACGCCAUGGUACGCACGGUUUUCCCUAUUGCGCGCCGCGAUUAGUUAGUGUUUCAAAUGUCGCGCCAACAACACGGUCUCGCGAAAGAUCUCGACGAGAUUGUUACGAGUCGCGUGCGUCAAAAAUCGUUUGUCCAAAGAAAUAACGGACAAAUGUAUUCGCCAACGUUCCGUAUUGGAUUCCGAGCGACGCGAGGAAUCUAUCGGUUUUCCGAUGACGUUCGUUCGUUUUUGUUGGUUUUUUUUUUUUUUUUUUUUGUGUGUAUACUGUGUACGACAUUUAUCUCGAAACACGGCACCGAGGCCUUUUUCCGUUGCAUUUCGGUCUAUAGUAGUCGGUACAAUAGAAAUGAUCGUUUGUCGAAAUUUCCAUCGUAUUUAUUGUUUUUACUUUUCGUUGAUUAUAAUCAAUCAAGGUCGCGCCCGUCGACAACCGUUUCCCGCUCGGUUUUCGCGACUAUUAGUACUCGUUAUUGUUACUAUUAUUUUAAUGUUUUUUUUUUUGUUUUUUUUAAACAUCCACUGUAACGUUGUUGCGGGCGGAACGCACAUUGUUGAAAAAGUAACGCUAUUGACCGCUUCAUAAUCGUUUGUCGUUGCCGACGAUUAAGCGUCGCGCGCAGGUACACAAACGAACGUUGAAUUCCCACAUCCGUGAAUUACCGUUCCGGCUUCCGGCACUUACGACACUGGUGGCGCACUCGCGGUACGGAGUACGGCGUAGAACACGAUCCCGUACGGUCCUCGCCGUCGAACGGAAUCGCGCACAUUUCAAGGCGCGCGUUUCCGUGCGUUCCGUCCCCGAGAUUUCGGUGCAACGUUACCGGAUUUCCAUACGGUUACGCGGGUGUUCGACUAUUCGACUUGGUUGCGGUGUUUCGCGCGGACAAUUCCCGUCACUAUUGUAGUCGACGGUAAUAAAUAGCGGACGGCAACGUUGCCCGGAUAAUCGUUAGUGAUUACCGUUGUCUUUUUGGACGUUUCGACAGUCCGUUGUUUGAACGGAAUCGCGUUCCCAAAAAGGUAAAACGUGCGGAAACGUGCUUUACCGGAACUACGUCCGUCCGUUCCGUUUUUUAUUUUAAACUUUACCGUCGGGCGUGUCAUAAAAAAAGAAACCGAUAACUUUUUAACUAGGCGCAGUACGGUUACUGCCCGGAUUUUAAUCGGGUUACACGUUACGAUAGCAAUUCGAACCGCAUGUACGAUUAACGAAUACAGUUUAUAUUAACGAGAAACGCGUGGAAACGGCGUUGUACCUGUUAAUGUUUCCGUUAAUUCGUUUUUUAUGGGUACAUUAAAAUGUCAAUUUUCGUUUCCACGGAACGUAAUAUUUUUAUACGGUUUUUUUAGAUUCGGAGCGUGUAGUGCGUGGUUUUACUGCGGUACAUGUUUUUAUGCAUUUUUUAUUUCCGUGUCCGCGAACAACGCUCCGAAUGCGUAGAGUGUAGCGUUAUUUCUGAACGCUGAUUCUGUCCAGUCGGUGCGUUGCACGGAUGAUUUUUUUUUUUUUCGAUUUUCUAAAAGUCAAUUCGAAAUAAUCGGGAAGAACCCGAAAGUAAAUAACAGGUGAAAUGGCAAACAUUUACGGCGCGCUCCUACCGUUUGCAUUGUUUUUACUGUGUUCACGCGACGUUUUCUAUUGGAAAUAUCGCUCCGAUUGAGAAAUGACAAGAGAUCGAUUUUGCCACUGUUCAAGUAGUUCGUUUUUCGACAUCCAAACUGUAGUUUUUCUAACAAUUGAGAAAACCGAAAAAAAGGGGAAACAUACGUUUUUUUUUUUAAAAUGACGGCACAACGAUUUCGUUAUUUUCAAAUUAGUGCGGCUUAUGUCUUCUACCAUAAAUAUUGCUCUAAUAGAUAAACGACAAAAGACCUUUUUUGUUGCAUUAUUCAUCUAGUUCAUCGGUAAGUUAUUCGCUUUUUGACAAUCUCUGUAGUUUUAUUAAUUAAAAUUAUGAAAAACCGAAAAAUACGUAGAAAGAACGGGAAAAUUUACGAAAAUGAUCAGUACAUUGGUAUUAUAGUACAUUAUGAUAUUGAGUUUUACAAUAUAAAAUUAUAUCUAACGACAUGUAAACAUAAAUAUUGACAUUAGAUUAAAAUAUAUAUAAACUGAUACAACAAUCAACAUAAUCAAUAGCGUCGGGAAAAUACGAUAAUCAGCGAUAAAUUUAUCAUUGGUCGGAAAUAACGGUGGGUUGUAAAUAUCAUAUGACAGAAAAAAAUGAUGAUAUUUUUUGUGUAAACAAUUGUGGUAUAAGAACAAUCGUUAUGAGUACACUAAUAACUAUUAUUAAAUAUAGUAAAUAAAUAUAUAAGUAAAAAAUAAUUGAAUGAAUAAAAGCGUCGCCUGGAGUAUUAUGAUAAGUGUAUUACACGACCGGUUUCGAAAUGAAAAUUCAUCAUCAGGUAUACCGCAGUCAAAAUGUAAAACGCGGCUGAAUAUAAAAAAAUGAAUGAAAGAAUACAUAGAAAAAAAAAAAUUAUACAAAUUGGUCGUUUCGCAUAUAAAUAAUUUAUUUUAAUGGGAGAGAUUAUUUCAUACGGGUUAUUCAUAUGUUAUUGAUGGGUUAAUAAACAUUUUAUUUUAGUAUUUACGGAAAACCUACACAAACCUAUGCUAUAAUACCGCACGAUUCUAAUCACCUUUGUUCCUAAAAAAUAUCAUUUUUUAAUUCAAUAGUCUAUAGGCUUGAACGAAUUCCAUUAAAUAAACAUAAUUAUUAACACGAGCUCAAUAUUAUCUAUAAUAUAGCCCAGAGAAAUAAUUUCAAUUUAAAAACUGUCAAAAAAAUCCGAAAACGUAUUAAAGAAAAAAUAACACACAACUCGCCAAAUAAUGCUGUUAACUACUGUAGUAUGAAAUAUCAAAAUAAUGUGUCUAACGCAUUCGCUAAAAUUCUGACCAAUAUUACAAAUAAAUGUAAAAAUCGCUUUUAAAACUAAUAAUAUUUUAAUCAAACAUAUAAAAAAUAGAAACUAAAAGCUUCACAAAAAAUCACCAUUCUUUUGACAAUGUAUACAAUGAAAUAAAGAAAAAUAAUUUUAAUAAUAUUUCAAACGUACAAAACUAUUUUAAAACUAAUAUCUUAUAUCAUUACAUUUUAGAUAACAAAUAACAACCAAAUAAUUUAUAUUUCUUAACAUGUCUAUUUUUUAAUAAUAACUCAUUUUAAAUAAUCCCUCUUACUGAAAUAAAUUAUUUCUAUGUAAAACGACCAAUUUGUGUAAUUUUCUCUAUGUAUUCCUUCAUUUAAUUUUUUAUAUUCAGUCGCGUUUUACAUUUUGACUGUGGAUAUACUCCAGGAUACGCAUUUAUUCAUUUAUUUAUUUUUUAUUUUUAUGUGUACAUUUUUAGUUUAUAUAUUUAUUUACAAGUAUUAACCAUUUUAAUAAUUUUGUUUUGACUUUAUUAUUUUAUUAUUAACUCAUUUUUUUUUUACAUUUUUCGUGUUUGUAAUCAAAUUUUCUACCAGAAAUAUUGCUUUAAUAAAAAAACACUACCACACUUCUUUGAAUUUUUAAUAUAGUUAAUGAGAAAGUAAGUAGUUUUUUGAUUUGCCCUGUAGCGUUUUUAAUAAUUGAGAAAAACCGAAAAAACGUUGGAAUAAUUCGUACCAAAAUAAUGCUUUUAUUUUUUCAAUUUUGUUUUUCAAUUCUGAGCGGAGAGAGGAAUGUAUUGAUUUUACAAUGUUGUUUGUUUUAUUUUUUUGUAUUUUUCUAUUUGUGAAUGUAUCUAUCUUUACAUAUGAACUUUAAACGCCAAUUAAGCUAAUUUUUAUGCUAUUAAAAUGUUUAAAAAUAAACAUCUAAGUGGUGCUGAAAAAUUUAUAAACCAACAAAAUCAAUCGACCUCAAAUUGAACGAAGAUUACUGAAUAAAUCAGUCUCCUGUGAGUACCUAGGUACUAAAUAAUUUAUAGUUCCCGGAAAAAAUAUUAGUUAUUUAAGUAAAUAUUUAACAUGGGUAAUAAAAUAUAUUUUUUAUAUUUUGAACGGAUCGAGGAAUGUAUUGGUUUUACAAUGAUGUUUAUUUAUUUAUUAAUUUUUUUAUGUAAACACUCUUUUUACAAGAAAGCUUACUCCGAUUAUCAAGUAUAGCACCUUUUCUGAAAGGAAAUGUUCUCUGGGUGGUACUUUAAAUAGGUCAUUUUUUUGAAAUUCUUACUAAUAAUCGAGAUAAUGAGGAAAACCUUGUUCUUUAGAUUAGAAAAGAUUGAAAGAUUAAAAAUAAGUCUGAAAUUGGCAAUCAUUUUUAUUUAUUUCCUGUUGUUAAGUUUAUAUAACUUUAUUAAAUCUUUUUCAAACAAUCAUUUUUAUUAUGGAAACGCAUUGUCAUUGCAACCAUUUUACCAUAAUAUAAUAUAAUAUUAUAUAUUGUUGUAAAAGCAAUACGUUCAACUGAACUCCACUCAGAAUCGUUUUUUUGUUAGAAAUGAUUUAUCGUUGCUUACAGAUACACAGUAAAUUCCCGUCUGUAACUUACCUUCCCAACUUCCCACAUACAACAGUGGCUGCACCCACUUGUGAUUUAUGCCAGUCCUUUUUUAUUGUAAUUCAGUUAUAAUUAUUCAUAGAGACUUGACAUUUUUUCAAAACACUUAUAUUUUAUGUAAUUUUUAUUUGUAGUUAUUCCGUGGGUAAAAUUGUUAGACUAAACAGAUAUAUUUGAAAACUGUACAGUAGGUGCAUUAUAAGUCAUAUGAGUGUAAUGUAGUAUCUUUUUUUUUUUUUAUAAAUCGUAAAUAUUACGGCUUUUCAAAACACGUAUAACCGAACUUUUUAGGCACGGAAUUAUAUAUUAAAAAUUCUUAUGUAUUUAAAUUUUGUUUGUAUCGCAUAAAAGUUUCGGAAAAUUGAGAAUAUUAAAACCUUUCAAACAAGCCUGUGAGUAUAAACAAUAUAUAUUUUACGAUCCGGUUAUAAACCUUUUUACGGAAUACUAUAAUUCUGUACACAUUUUCAACUUUUUAACCAUAAUAUCAAAUAAUUAGUUUACUUAACGCUACAUCGAGUACUUUUUUACACAGAAUACUUUAUAUACUUACCGUUUCGCCGUUCCUUAUUUAUAUUUCUAACACACCGUUUCAAAUAGGUAUUCUAUUUAUGAUGUCUAUUGGUCAUGAUAAAAUUACUAAGAUGUUUAUUUUUUAUUUCAUUGUUCUAGUCUGUAGACACGUUUUUUCUUAGUAAACUUGCUCCGAUUUUUAUGUGUAGCAACUUUACUGAAAGUCCAAAUUGUAUAGAUGGUAAAAAUUACAAGGUACCUUUCUUGUUGACUUUUUGAAUUACUUUCUAAUGGUAUAAUUUCCAGAACUUUUGAGCCGUUAUUGAGCUUUUGAGGGGAUUUUAUUUUUUUGGAAGUUUUUUGUUGUUAUUCGAUUAUAAAUACACGUGGAAACUUUGAACUUUAAUACUUACAUUGGACUAACCUAGACGUGGUAAAAUUUUCAAAAUCAUCGGAUGACUUUUUUUUUUUUAAGAAGCGUUUGAAAUCAAAUUUAAACGAAAAUCGUAAAAAAAAUUACGGCACUUCAAAUUAUGUAUUACUUAACCGCGCUCGGAAUCGUCUUUCGUCAAGCAAUGGUUUAUCGUUGCUUAUAGAUAUAAAUGAUAUAACCUUAUGCAUCCUACCAUCCCAACUUCUCACCUACAACAGUGCUCUCUCUCAUCCCCAAUAUCAGCUCUUUUUUAUUUUUACCCUACGCGUUUUUCGUUCAUUAUAAUCAAAUGUUGUGUACGAUAAAAAUAACAUUAUAUGUUUGGAGAAAAUUGACCGUUUGAUCCGUUCGCUAACGAGUAUUUUGCAUAUUAAAAGAAACUAAUGAUAGAUAACUAUAAUGAAUCUACUAAUAAUAUUAUUAUAAUCGUUUUAUAUUAUUAUUAUUAUUUAGUGUUUAGGAAAUCACGAGUUCCAUAACGGCCCAGCGGGUUUGGCGCCGUUUUUGAGCUCGAAAAAUAUUAGUUCUAUACCGAUAGUGGUGACGAAUAUCAAUACCACAGGAGAACCUAGUCUGACCAACAUCCGUCCGUCCACAGUUUUAACGGUCAACAAUCGUACUAUAGGGAUAGUCGGUUACCUGACACCAGACGUACAUGUAAACGAAUUUUUAUUUUUUUAUAAUCUAUUACUGAAUAUAUUAUGACAAAGAACACAUUUGGAUAAUUUUUGUAGAUGUUGAACGACCCCGGACGUGUUAUAGUGUCUGGAGAAGUAGACAGCGUACAAGCCGAGGUGUCGAAAUUAAAAAAAUCCGGAGUGGAUUUCAUAAUAGCGCUCGGACAUUCGGGUCUUGAAACUGACAAAAAAAUAGCCAGAGAAGUAGCCGGUGUAGAUGCGGUUGUCGGAGGACAUUCGCAUUCGUAUUUGAGGACCGGUGAGUCUAUUAUAUUAUCUGAAUAGGUAUAGUUUUUAGCACCGUACUCGGUACGAAUUUGAAAAAUUUGUUUAAAAACGCAAACGAAAUAGUGCAUUAUUCUGCACGCCCUGCGAAAAAUGUUUGCCCACGCCUACGGUUGUCAUUCUAUAAGGUUCGAUGAUAUACUCGUAAAUAUUUGGUCAUUAGCCAGUCUUGUCCAUUAUCGAUACAUCGAUACAAUGUUUGUUAUACCGCCUUACAAUUAACUGUUGGAAAUUAUUUUUGUCUGUGCUAACGUCAGUUAUAGUAGUUACACCGUGACGGCCACUGCAACCGUGUUUAAACGUACUUGCUGUUUUUCAAUUUCAACUUUGGAACAAUAUCAUUAUGCACAAUUACCAAACAAUUAAAAUUUUUAGUGAAGAAAAUAAACAAUUAUAUUGUAUUACUAAUGGAUACAAAUUAGCUUUCGAACAGUUUUCAAACGGUCAUGUUCAGAUGCGGUCGUGUUUAGAAUGUGCACGUACACUGAAAAGUUAUAAUUUAACGUAAUAAUACCUACCUAAUAUACAUUUUUUUAAUCACGCCAUUCAUAUGAACGGCAGACCUUGGUCUGUAAAAGUGGGAUAGAAAAUAUUAAUGUGCGUAGGUAUGAAUUACUAUUAACGAAGUAGCAACUCAGACCUGUCGUGAGGAAAUCGUGGACGCAACUCUAACAAAAUAUCAUUUUCCGACGCAAUUCGAAUGCUCCGAAAUAGCCAUAGUUCGUUUUCAUAAUUAUUGAAAUCCGUCAAAAACAAUUUUCUUACAAUGUUUUUGGGCUUAUAGGUCUAAACUCUAAAUCGAUUAAACUACAUACGCCGUCACCAAUCCAACUGAAUACGCGAAAUCAUAAAAUUCCAAUGUCUUUUAUAUUAGUACCUAUGCUUAUUAAUGAUGACAAUUAAUUUUUGUGGACGUAACUCGAAAUGAUCACCGAAAAACCGGACGUGUUGUACAAAAACCGCCGCACACAAUUCGGUUGACACGGCAUACAUUUUUUCAUUUUUGGAACGCAAUAGUUAUUCGUACACAGCCGAUUCUUUAGGUUCUUUAUUGCGAUAUAUUUCAAAUGGAAGUUUUUUAUUUUAUCGGGAAUCAUAAACGAAACUGGUCGGGUUUUCGACCAAUUUUCAAAAAAAUACUGAUUGCAUUUUGCCUGGUACAUAUUGAGAUAAAGUGAAUUGAAAGUUAAACAAAUAAUUUCAACGGCUCCUAUAGUAAAGAACACGUAAAUAAUUAAUUUUAAUAAUCUACGCGGGCCAAAAAAAAAAAAUUACGACGGCCAAAGUAUAGGUAGGUAGUCCGAGUCCUUUUAAAUGGCACCCCCGUGAUGAACGUCCGUAAUAUUUUUAUAUUGCCAAAUAGAAUUAGAACCUUUAUCUAUAAUAUAUUAUCACGCCUGUAUUUUACUAUAUACAUACUAAUGAAUUGUACAAAACGAAUAUUAUGUCUUUAAGGAUACUAUAAUUACAUCUCGAGGGAUCAAAACGUUUACCACAUCUAAUGAUUCGGCCACAUUAUUGUAAUAAAAGGUUAUCAACCCUAUUAUUAUCCGGCCGCCCAGCGGUGGAGAGAAUCACAUUAUUAUGGUAGACCACCUGUUCUAUAUUAUAAUUCUACGCUAUCUACCUGAACAGACAGUUGUUUUUUCAAUACUACGUAUAAUAUGACUUAUAGAUUCUUUUGUGGAACGAGGAAUGUGUUGGUUACAAUGAUGUUUUUUUUUUUUUUUAUGCGAACACUUUUUCUCCCAGAAAGCAUACUCCGAUUAUCAAGUAUAGCACCUUUUCCGAAAGAAAAUAUUCUCCGGGCGGUACUUUAAAAAAGUCAUUUUUUGAAAUUCUCAUUAAUAUUCGAGAUAGUGAUGAAAACCUCGGUCUUUAGGUUAUAAAAGGUUAUUGAAAGAUUAAAAAUAAUGUUGUCAUCGGCAACCGUUUUUAUUUAUUUUUUGUCUUUAUUACGUUUAUAUUGUUUAAAUUGUUUUUAAACAAUCAUUAUUAUCAUGGAAACGCACAUAUAGUUGUAAUCGUUUUACCAUAAUAUGACAUAUAUAUUGUUGAAUAAGCAACAUUCUCAAUUCAACUCGGCUCAGAAUCGUCUUUUCGUUUGCAACGGUUUAUCGUUGCCUACGGAUAUACAUUAAAUUCCCGUCUAUAUCCUACCUUCCCAACUUCCCACCUACAACGGUGGUUGCACCCACGUGCGAAAUAUGUCAGUCCUUUUUUUUUUUUAACGUUUUAAAUCAAAACCAAGAAUCAGUCAAUAUCAUAUAAUAUAGAAUAUUAUGACGUAAACUACGUAUAAAUAUACCCGUUAUACGUGUAGUUCAAAAUACUUUAGACCGGGCAUGCCAAACUAUCAAGUGGGCCAAAUAUAUUGAACAGUUUACUACGCGGGCCACCCGUUUAAUGUAUGCACAUCUUUCAAUUUUAUACUCUACUAACACAACAUGUACAUUAUAAUUAUUUGCAAGUAUUUUGAAUAAUUUAUCAAAGUUUAUUUGAAUUGAAAAAAAAAAAAUAUUUAUGAAGUAGAUAUUAUUUAAAUUACAAAAAAAAAUCAUAUUAAUAAUUAUUUUUUGACGAUAUUUGACGAUAUACCUCACUAGUCCGUUCUUUAUUAGAAUACGCUCCAAUAAUUUGGAAUCAUAACAAUGUAGGACAUAAUGAUCAACUUGAUAAAGUUCAAAAUAAGGCCCUCAGAUUUUUAUGUCAUACAUGUAAUAUUCAACGAACUCCUCACUCUGGCUACGAUAAUAUUUUAAAACUGUUAAACCUAAAUUCUUUAAAUGCACGGAGACACUUAUCAUACAGUACGUUCCUCACCAAAUUACUAAAUAAUGAGAUUGAUGAUUCAUUUAUAUUAAGUCAAUUAAAUUUCAAAGUUAAUAGCCACCACACUCGUANAAAUAGUUAAUUAUUUUAUUAAACAUUGAAAGUAUUUUUAUUAUUAUUAUUAUUAUUAUUACUAUUAUUUGAUAUAUUAAUCUUUUAAUUUUUUAUUAUGUUAUAUUUUAUUAUUUUAAAUUAUAUAAAUUUAUAAUUUAUAUAAGUUAUAUUUUAUUGUUAUCUAUACAAAUAUAUUGUGAAUUGGACUUUUGUCCGUAUUAAUAAAUAAAUAAAUAUCUCUUUUCUGCCACCAAAUUUCCUAUUCCGGGAGAAACUUUAUUGGACGAAGCCACUUUUAAAACUGAAUUUAGAAUACGUGUGUCGAUUAAUUUGGAUAUUACGGACGAUUUAUUGUUGUCCAUUAAUGAAAAUAGUUGCUCACAUUGAUAGGUGCUAAUAGUUAUAGACAAAAUUUUACACGGAAAUCUACGAGUUUCUGCAUAGAUUUAAUUAGAAGAUAAGACAACAUAAUAUAAUGUAUACCGAAAAUAUUCUAAGAUGUUGUGACACGAAAUUAUUAGUUUAUAAUUUUUUUACUCCGUCCAUUAAUAUUGGUAGUUGCGCGGGCCACAAAAAAAAAAAAUAGCCAUCGGCUGCGUGUGUGACAUGCCUGCUUGUAUUUAUUUUUCCUGUCGCAUAUCGUGAUAUUUUCAUAAUUUUAGCCUUAAAAAUAUAAGAAAAAAAAAGAAAGUUUUUAUUCGUAAAAUACUAUUUGCAUUACCCGGCUUUGCCCGUCGACGCGACGUCGUUUCCGCAUGCACUCCUGGUACUUGAGAUUACUUUUUCACUUUCUAGCUCGUAAGCUAACUCACAGCUAAAACAGUUUAUAUAUAUAUAUAAACAUUUUGUAUUUUUUUUCCUUCUUUCAUAAUGCUCGACGAUUUUAUACAAGGCGUACCCAUUCAUACCUUAUGUGACAAUAUGAAAAUAUAGAGAAAAAAACGCGUCUCCCCGCGGAAACAAUAAAAUUAAAAAUCGUUUCUCCCGUACAACACGUACGAUUCCGUAGUUUGCGGAAUCAUGAAGAUUUUUAAAACAAUUGAUAUCAAUGGUUAUCAAUCAAUACUGUAUACAUAUGUUAUACAAAAUUGAAAUCCGUCAAACACUACAGUUUUGUCUAGCUUUUAGGUCUGAAUCGACUAAAAUAUACGCAGUCGCCAAUAUCAUCAUAACUACGAUGUUUGCUUUUUUUUUAUUUGGGCCUGUAAACAACUUGUCUGCAGUUAACUUUACUUUCACGAAAUCUUUUCUGUUCAUCAACUUCAGUGGUCGUUUCCUUAGAUGUCCCGAUAACCUUCUGUUGUUGAACAGUCAAAAACAAAAACGAUUGCGUCGCGCAAGGACGAAAAACACGAGCACUUGUAAUUUUGCAGUAAACAAUUAACGAGAUUUUUAAUUUAAAUCUAACAACAAUUUACCGAAACCCGCAUAUUUUAGUCCUUGCGUACAGAUAGACUUUACUAUCCUGUAUUAUUGUAUUUUAUAAUUUAUUAUAUCCUACAUUUCAGAAUUUUUUUUUUUUGUCGACAUUUUAGAACAAUAAAACUCGCGUCGCUGACUUUGAAAAUAAUUUCUUCUUCAGUAUUUACAUUUAAACUCUUUAAUAAAAUAUUUAAACUUCGGCACCUAAACUCACCAACGUUUCACAUGAACUCCUGGUAUAUAGGCCCAAAGUUUUGCUAUUGAAAAUUCUGUUGGCCUUCCUCUGUCACUCACCCGACCAUCUAACACGAAAACAGCUACUGCCGCAGUGACGUCAAUCCAUAUGCGCUCCUGGUACUCAAUAUUAUUCGUUCACUUGCUGGUGCAGCUAAAUAUUUUAUUUUUAUUUUUCUUCGUAUAAAAUGAUGCCCGAAACUUUGAUCAAAGACGUUGUUUCUUAUGCGGCAAUAUGAAAAUAUCAAAAAGCCGUAAUUUAUACUAUUAUAUUUUUUUUAUAUAUAUAAAGCGUUUGAACGAAAUUAUCUAUUCAACGGAAUAAUUAAAAAUCACGGUAGGCAUUUCGUCUGUUAAUGUCGAUACGGUUUUAUUUUCAUUGUUCAUCAUUAUUAUUUUUGGUUUUAGUAUAGAACAACCGUAGUGCAAAUUUCAAACAUUCUGACCUUUUAUUAUAAAGCCUAUUCGACAUAUUUGAGGUGGAUUCUGAGCGUAGCGAGGAAUGCAUUAGCGUAACUAUAUAAUGUGUGUUAUUCUUUCUUUUUCUCUUUUUUUUUCUGUUUGUUUACAACUUUUCUACCAAAAAUAUUGCUCUAAUCAAAAAACGAUAAGAGACCUUUUUCGAUGCAAUUAGGAUUUAAUUGAGUAAUUGAUUUGAAAAACCGGAAAAAUGAAUAGGGAAAACGGACAAAUGUUUGCGGUGCCGCACUGACGUGGAGUCAUUAUUACGAAUUUUUUCAAUUUUAGUUUCCUACCAGAAAUCUGGCUCUAAAUUUCUUUCCAGAAAGACAAUUUUGUCUAGUUAGUAAGCUUAACAGCGUUAUUUAUUUUUAAUUUCUUAGACAGUUUUCGUGAUAAUUGUGAAAAACCGGAAAAAACGAAGGAAAACGGAAAAAUGUAAAGCACAAAUGAAUUUAUUAUUUUCAUUUAUUUUUAAUCGAAUUCCAAAAAAAAAGACGGACGUACUUCGCACAAUGAGUGAGCCACUGUUGUAGGUAUUAAGAAUGUAGGAUAUAAAGGGGAAUUUAAUAUAUAAUACGUAUAGUACGUGGCGAUUAAUCAUUGCUAACGCAAAAUGAUUCUGAGUAGAAUUUGGUUAUACAUGUAUUAAAAGUCUGUAAUAUUUACGAUUUUCGUCAAAAUGUGUUCAAAUUCUUAUAAAAAAAAAAUUCUACAUUACACCCGAUCAUUAUUUUUUGACCACAAAAUACGCUCCAUAAUGAACCUUCUUUUAAAUUUUCAAGAAUUUCUGUUUGGUCUCACAGUUUUAUCCACAGAGUACCUAUACCCAGGGCCGAAGUGGCCUGCCUGGCAACCGAGAAAACUGUUUUAUGAGUGGCCCGAAGUGUUCAAAAUUAAAAGUUAUUUUUUGGUAUUUAAAAAUAAAUGUUUGAUAAUUAAAUUAUUUUUACAAAAAAUAAAGAACUCAGAUAUCGAUUUGUAUUUAUUUAUAGUGGAGUCGUAUACUAUAUUUCACGAUAUACCUAUGUAUAUUCUUAUAGAAUUUCAUAGGAAGAAUUCCGAUAGGUACCUACUGGUAAAUAUUUGUAAUCAAAUCUCAUUUGUUUCUAAAAUGUUUAUUUCUAAAAGCAUUUCUUCAUCAAUCGUACAAUAUUAAAAUACUAGGUAUUUACUAUUUUGUUAUAUUAUUAUUAUUUUAUUUGGGUACUUUGUUUUAAUUUUAUAGUUUCAAAAGGGGCGAAAAACUAAGGAAAACCCAACUGGCACACUAGCUGCUGUAAACUAGGUAUCUUUAGAUUGUAAGCGUAAAGCAAAAAAUGCAAUUGUAAAUUAUCUAUUGUAAAAAUUGAACGAAAUAGUAUUUAUUUUUAAUUUUAUGUUUAAAUUCGUAUAAUAUAGAUUAAAACUUAAAAUAUUGGAAAAUGUUUACAUCAUUGAUAAUGGCAUAUCUGAGGGGGGAGCGGCUUAGAAACGACCCAUCCCACGGUCCAUUUACCAUUUAACACCAUACUAAUCCGUGUGAAAACCGAUGUUAUCGAGUAACACAGUUAAUUUAUUCCCCAGAUAACAUCGGUUUUCACACGGACUAUUAAAACUGUUACUUAGAAACUAUUCAUCUGAUAUAAAUGCGUGAUACAUUAAAAUUUUCAAUAUAAUUUCAAUAUAAAUAUUUGUAUUCCUCAUCCCUGUAACUAAUGUAAAUAAUACAGAAUUAUUAUCUUUAUUAUCUCCGAAAAUAUUCAAGGGACAGUCUGUAUAGGAUAUAUAAUUAUACAAAUCUGUGUUUAGAGUGGAUGGGUCCUAAUUAUUUUGUUUUGCUUUAAUUAUAAAAAAUGUCCAGCACGUCACUGGUCUAUAUGACAACGAAAUUUCAACGUCGUAAAUUUGUCAUUUUAGAUUCUGAGUGGAGCGAGGAAUUUAUUGAUUUUACAAAGACUUGUAUUAUUUAUUUUAUUUUUUUUUAUGUGGACAACUUUUCUGAAAGGAAAUAUUCUCGGGGUGGUAAUUUAGAGAGGUUAUUUUUUGAAAUUGUCAUUAAUAUUCAAGAUGACGAGGAAAACUUGGUUCUUUAAGAUUGAAAGAUUAAAAAAUGGACGGACAUAAUUCGACGUGGGUAUAGCUACUGUUAUAGGUGGGUAGUUGGGAAGGUAGGCUACAGAAGGAAAUUUAAUGUAUAUUUAUAAGAAACGACAAACCUUUGCUAACGAGAAAACGAUUCUGAUCUGAGUUCAGUUGAUAAUGUUGCUGUGUCAACAGUACGAUAUGUGGUAUUGUCAUAUUAUGGUAAAAUGAUUAAAACAAUGUGCGUUUCCAUACCACCAAUGAUUGUUUAAAAAAAAAUUAAAAUAAAAAAAACUUAAUAAUUACAAAAAAAUAAAUAAAAACGAUUUGCAAUUAUAACCUUAUUUUUAAUUUUUCAAUCUUUUUUAAUCUAAAGACCGAGGUUUCGCCUUUCUAACUUCUUACCUACAAAAGUGACUGCACCUACGAACGAAAUAUGUCCGUCCUUUUUUCUUAUACGUUUGUUUUUUCUGUCGGGGUUUCGUAGUUAUUAUGAAAACCGCAUGAAAAUCAAAAAAAAUACCUCCUAGAUCCAAAAUUUAACAAAAAAGUUAUUUUUUCCUACAUUAAUUGGAGCAAGAUUUAUAGUUGAAAAGUAGUUUACAAACAGUAAAAAAAAUAAACUCAUACAGUAAAACAAAUACAUUUUUCGCUUCCCUCGGAAUCUGAAAUUUUUAAUUCAACAAAGUAAUAGAUCCACCCUGUUCUCUCUCUCCCCGUGAAUAUUAUUGCUCUAAAUGCCCAUCCCUGAGCAUAUGCAUCACCCGAGCUGGAUAUGUCAUGUAUAACGCAAUCAACUUUUGUGAAGAUAACAAACAACGCGAGUUCCUAUGUUAGAAAAAUACAUUGUAAUGUCAUAUCAUAAAUUAAAUUUAUAUUUUUCACCUGAUUAGAGUGAUAUAAUUGGUAUAAAAUAUACAACCAUUUUCAAAUAUAUUUAAACAAUUCCAAAUUCAAAAUGUAUAAAAAGACAUUAUUAUACAAAUAAAAAAGUGUAGUGCCUUUCAAGGUUCAAAGGUCAGGAUUUAGGGUUGCGAAAUGUUUUAAAUGUUUAAAAAUUAAAUUAAAAUAAUUAUAAUAUCAAGAAGUAAAUUAUUUAUUUAUAUUAUCUGUUAAUGAUCUAAAGAGUGAAGAUAUUUAUAUGGUUCCAAUUUAUUUUUAGAAUAUAAAAAAAAAAAUAAAACAGCUCCUAUUAAGUACUUCAAAAUUAACGAGUAACAUUUUUUUCAAUUGUUUUUUUUGUUCUGAAAUAAUUCGAUAAAAUUGAAUUUAUAAUUUACUAUUAUUAUGACAUGAUAUUUACAACAAUUAUUGUUUAAAAUAAAAAAAAUACUGGUUUUUACUAUUUUUUUUUUUUUUGUUUUUUCAACGUUUAAUUAUUUCUAUAGGACCGCCACAAGAUAUGGAAAUUCCGGCUGGACCAUACCCGGUGAUUGAGAAAUUAAGCGGCAAUUUCUUCGUGCCCGUGGUUCAAGCGUAUGCGUUUACUAAAUAUUUAGGAAAGUUGGUUUUGACGUUCAAUAGCGAAAAUGUUUUGAUUAGCGCCGAAGGUGGGCCGAUUUUCUUGAACAGUACUGAUCAAGGUAAAUAAUGUUAUAUUAAAUGCAUGAUGAUUUAAUGUACUCUAAAUUUCUUUUCUUUUUUUUUUUUCAAUUUGAUAAUUAUUUUUAACGAACGGUUUUUAGAUGCGAAAAUAAUGGACAAAGUAAAAUACUAUAGAAAACUGUUGGACCAAAAAGAAGUGAGAAUUGCCAUUGGAAAGACAUAUGUAUUUUUAGAUGGCAAGUGUAGUUGCCGGGAGACCAACCUAGGCGAUUUGAUCACCGAUUCGUUUAUUCGCGCGGUAAAUAUAAUAUAUUCAUAUACUCGUAUAUUCAUCUUAUACACUUGUGUAUAAGGUGCGAAGAAUUUUUUUUUAUAAUCUAAAUUUUAAGUCAACGCAUUUUGAGAGUUAUAUGAACACUCUAUAUACAUGUAUACCCUGUAUAGCAUGGACUUCAAGGAUUGAUUCACUUUUUUUCCAGCGUUAAAUUAUUUCAACAGUGACUUAAAAAAAAAACAAAAAUGUGUUAAAUUAUUUUUUCUUUAUGAAUAAUAUUGUUCGAAUAUUUUUCAAUCGUUAUUAAUUUUACAUCGAAUUUUCAUGGAAUUUUCUCACGUUUAAACCGCGUGUUAAUCAUAAGCAAAAAAAAUAAUACGACUUGAUUAUUUAUAAACGAUUGCAUUGUCUGGUGCAUAUAGAGUUCGGAUUUAUAGGCCAUAAAAAAAAAAAAAAAAAUACGCAUAAGGAAAAAAAAAAUGUAAAUUAUAUAUAUUUAGAUACCAUUUAUAAUAGGUAUUCUGAAUAUGCACCAAAUUAUUACGCUCAAUUAUUUACAAUAUUAUUGAUGUUUCAUUUCCAUAAAAUAAAUUAUAGAAAUGAAAAACUCCUACAUGUUGCUAUUCUGUACACCUCAAACGUCCCACCUAUAUUAUAUUAUUCUCCUGUGCGGAGAAAUUCCGACUAUUUUGAGUGGCAGUAUCCGAGUUCCGUCCCAAAUAUAAAAUUUGAAUUUAAGGAUAUACUAGUUCCGUCCCGUGUAAUUUAUUAAAUCACACGAGUUCCGUCCCGUUUUACAUUUUCUACACUAUAUUAUAAUAUAUUGUGCAAUUCACGACUACGGUAACAAUUUUAUAUUGUUUAAAAAUGAAAAUGAUAUUACUUUCAGUUAUCACACUAAAUAAUCGAAUUUGUAUACAUUAAUACUUUAAUAUUAUUGAAAUGUUUGCCGUAUUUUAAUAUGAAUAAGAAAAAUGUCUCUAUAAAUUGUUAUUUUUCUAUAUCGUUAAAAUUUUAACCCAAUAAAAAAUUUGUAUUUAUGAAAGUAUAUACUACGUAUGAAUUUGUUGUAAUUAACAUUGAAAAGAACAUCAUAAUCGGGACGGAAUCGGUUUAUACGCUGUUUUUAAUCGGGACGAAAUCUGUAUAUAUAUAUAUAUAUAUAUAUGUAUACCCUUUUUUUCACCCCGGACGGAAUAGUUUUAAAAAAAAGGCUAUUGGGACAGAACUCGGAUUGAGCCUUUUGUGUUUCUAUUUGUAAAAUCGACAUUACAAUAAUACAUUUUCGACGACGGUACAUCGGUGAUGUUUAAACCAAUGAAGUUCCCACACAGAGUUUACACAAUUAACACAUUAUAAUAUUAUGGUGAUCACUAUUUUAACGACGCCCUAUUCGUUUUGGAUAUUUCGAUUUAAACGCGAUAUUUCAUUUUGACUAAACGCCAAUAUUAUAUUGUAUUGGUAUUGCAAAUAAUGUGUUGUAUUUUAUAGGAGGGACCGCGGCGGUCGAAAUAUUAUUUUGUUUUAAUUAUUGACCGUUUUUAGAAUAUGAACAUUUUGUUAAAAUCCAACAAGACAUACACCGGUUGGACGGACGCGGCCAUAGCGAUCACCGUCAGUAGCAGCAUUCAAAGUUCAAUUGACGCGUCAAAGGCUCGAGGUGAUUAUAAAUGUUAAUAAUUCCGCACGGUAUGCAGCCGUAAUCGUUUCCAAAUUGAUAUCAAAAUAUUUCGGUCGGACGGCUUAUUGGAUUCCGGUAGGAUUCGGUUUUCUAUUGAAACGCCUGCACAUUUUAGGAUUAAUUCUGAAUUUUGAAUUUCAAACCGGCGCUCGCGUGCUCAACACUUUUUUAAUACCGAAUAUUUUCUCAGUACUAACUUUUUUUUUUUUUUCGUAAAUGGCAUCCACUUCGUCCCACCAUUUUUUUCUAUACAGAUCCGAGUAUAAAAUUAUAUUUUUCGAGCGAUAAUAUUUUUUUUUUUUUAACACUCAAUUUACUGAAAUUUACAGCGGUAUUUGUUCAUAUGGUUUUUUUUUCGUACGUCGGCACGUCGUUUAAAAAUAUGUAUUGAACUUUAUUUUCGUAUUAUUUUUUUCACCCGAACACGGCAGAAUUAAAUCCGAUUUUCCGUGGGAAAAAUAUCACGCUGCAGUAAAAUAAUGAUUGGAAAAAAAAAAACGAAACAAAUAUUAUUAUUAUUAUAACUACGGCGUGGCUCGUCUGUGUAAUUUUUUAUCCGUUUUGAAAACAUAAUGACAUAUACCCAUGGACAAUGCAUCGGAACAACAUUAAAUACAAUAAAUAUUAUUUUAGUACGACUUUUAUUGAUUUGUUAUUCUCUCUUACAAUCAUAUAAAUAUAUGAUUCGAAUGACCCCCUAUAUUCCCCGGCUACAUAUAUUACGCCAGUUUGUUACAUAAAAAAAAAAAAAAAACACGUUAUAUAAUAUAAUCUGCCUAUAUUAUGGCUUAUGUCAAACAAUGGAAAUUGACAAUCAAAUACUGUAUGCAUGCAUUAUAUAUUUGAUAUUUGUUUAGAGUGGCGUAUAUCGCGUGUUUCCAUACGGAUUUUUUUAUUAUUUUUAUAAAUAUGUAUUUUGAGAUUGAGAAUUAUACGAGAACGGCGGGUGUAUGCGAGGACGAUGUGGGUGAUGGGGUCAAGUGGAAGUUUAGGACGAGGGUGGCCGACCCUAAAUAUUUGGAAUGAAGGCGAAUGAGAAAAAAAAAAGACGGCGAAGAAGAUAAAUGUGUAUUUUUAAACUUUCAUUGUCCAAUAUGAAUCAUGAUAUCGAAUCGAGAUAAAAUCUGACAAGUGAUAAAUGUAUUACUGCGAGAUAUAAUCUGUCGCCGACAUCAGCCAGUAUAAGGCUAAUUUUUUGUUUGACAUUUGCGGUUUCCUCGGCGUAGGUAUUUCAUAUUCAGUUUAUAUUAUUCGAGGACUGUAGGUGCAAAUGGUUUCGUGGGAUUUUUUUUUAUUGUUAUUUAAGAAAAUAAACAACUCUUGCUGUAGGUUUUUUGCAAUUGAAGAAUUCAUAUAUAAAAAAAAAAAACAAUUAAUUAUCUACCGAUAAGCUAACGGGAUAUUGAUUUGAUAUUCAAACCAAAUUACCGUAUAACAUUUUUAAGUUUUCCAAAACAAUCGAAAUAAUGUUUAAACAUUUCUCGUAAAAAAAAAUUGAAAUAAUAUUAUGUGUCGUAUACGCGCCUUGUGUUUUUAAAAAUAUAGGAUUGUAUGCUAGCUACGAUAUUAUCAGUGUUGUGUUUAAUCUAUAGAUAAAUAUAAUAUUAUUUUAUUUUACCGUGUUUAGAUAAAUGAGAAAUAGUCAUUGUUCAAGAUAAUUAUAAACCCAAUGUAUUUAAAAAUCUAACUUAAUUAAUAUAUAGAUGCCGCCACAUUGUAUGUAUGUAUGGUGGGGAGGAUAUGGAUUUAUUUUUUCAUUUUGUUUUUUUUUUUUUUUUUUUGCUCUUUUGAUAUUAUGUAUUAGCUGUAUAAAAAAAAAAGUUUUCCUCAAAGUUUCAGAUCUUUAAAAUAAUUUCUCGUAAGCCACGAUUAUCAAAUUUAACAAAAAAGUAGCUAGUUUAUAUGUUUUUAUUUUGUUUACAGUCUUAAUACUUAUUAUUCAAAUAUAAAAAAAUAAUUAGCACAAAAAAAUGAAUACGAUUAUAUUAAAAAUAAAUUGAAUCUUACAGAGCUCGUAAAAAAUUGAAUUUUCCAAAUUUCUGAUAAAUCACCCUUCAAAAAUGCCCGAGAAAUUUUUUACCAGAGUCUAGGUAAAUGUCUAAUUUAAUGAUCUAAAGACAUUAAACGAUUUUAUCCAAAACAAGGACAUUAACAAAAAAUGAUCGAAUGUGACGUUUAAAAAAUUGUCCGGUCAUUUAUGGUAUCUAACUACCUAAGUGAGUGGUUGUUAGGACUGCCAUUGUUUAAAUUCCGUUUGUAAUCUCAAAAAAAAAGAUAAAAUUAUUAUCACUCUGAGUUAAAACUGUAUAAAUAAUCCUCAUCCCCGUAUUCAAAUAUCAAAAAAAAAAAACAUUUCAGAAAAAUAUCUAGGUGUCUCAUUUCGUCAGUAAAAAUACAGGACACUUUUCUCAUCGAAUAAUAUUUUUCGGAGUUCAUAAAAAAAAGAUUACUGUAUAUGGGAUAACGUUCUACUGUUCAUCAAUGCCCGGAAGAUAGUCGAUAACCGGUUGGUUGUUAAUGUCUUGGCAGAAAGGGCAUGAGGAGUUCUGCACUAGCACAGAAUUAUUGUAACCAUAUUUUGACGAAAUAGGAAGAACGGAAAAAAUACUUGCUUCAAGUUGUAGAGAUGCAUAGGAAACUCAUACCAAGUGUAGGAAAAUCGUUUAUUAAAAAAUGGCUGACGGCUAGACAAAAUUUGAAGAAUUAUUUUCUUUAAAAUAUUGAGUAAAAUAUAUUUCUUGAUCCAAUAAAAAUGAUUCGAUGAAAAUGUAUGCUAUAAAUGGUAUUGUUUUAAAUAAUUAAUUCAGAUUCAUUGCAAUAAUAUUUUUCUUCAAGUGUUAUGGAUUUCGUUUGUCUUUUGAAAACAAAUAACAUGGAUAUUAAUUUAGAUCCUUGAAACAAAUUCCUAGAGUGGUUUUGAAGGGUAUUUCAUUAAACAUUUCAAAGAUUUAAUUUUUACGAGCUUAUUAUUUUUUUUAGAAACAAAUAUUGUAAUAAUAAAUUAUUGUAAAAAAUAAAAUGUAUAAAACAGCUGUUUAUAGAUAAAUUUGGUGCUCGUGACUUCCAGAAAUCAUUUUAAAAACUAGCGACUUUGAGGAAAACCUAUUUUUCUCCGACUAAACAUAAUAUUCCAAGAAGUGAAAAAAUAAAAAAAAACAAAAUCCUUUUCCACCCUAUUGUAUAAUAUGAUAUUUUGAAUUAGUAAUAUAUUAUCCUACUAACAUUAUAAAUGUAAAAAUUUGCGGCAAUGUUUGGUGGGACCAAAUAACGCCAAAACCGAUUUGGACGAAAUUUGGCACACAGACAGAAUAAUAUUAUAUUCCGGGUUAACGUAUAAAAUACUUUUUAUCCCGGGAAUGCGUUUCUGCGUGGUAAUUUACUGCAGCGUUGAUAGUGUACUUUACAAUAUGGCCUUUGUAUAGCAAUAAAUAAUUUCUUUUCUUUUCCACUUCGGCGUAGAAAAAAUUUCAUUUAUACAGAUCAUUAAAUCGGCCGGUUUUCAUUUAAUAUCGCUACUAUUAUUUCACUCUCCAAAAGAUUAAGUACUUCGUUAAUGAUAGUAGAAACACAUAAAUUCAUGCCAAUUGGUUUUUUUUUUUUUAUGUCUAUGUCUAGGUAUAAUUUAUGAUACCGAUGUUAGAAGAGCAUUACCUUACCAAACGGGUUUGUGGAAAAUUACUGUAAACGGAUCGACGAUUAUGAAAGCCCUGGAAUACUCCUCAUCUUUAUUUGAUUACGUAAAUUGCGCUAUUCCGGAAAACAGUGUAUUCGGAGGUUUCUUACAAAUGUCGGGUAAGAUCCGGUAACCUUUUAAAUUAGUAAUAUUAGUAAUAUUAAUAAUAUUUACAGAAAAUACACACGGUAUAAAUAACUAAUACAGAAUAAAAAUGAUCAACAAUUUGUCGCUUGUUUAAUUGUUUUUCGUUGUAAAUGUGUAGCACUGUAUAUAAAAUACACAUACAAAUAUCAAUGAAUUUGAUUAACUAUGAUUUAUGUUAUAAAUAAUCAGGGAAACGAUAACAUAGUCGAAUUAAAUGUUACUGUUUCAAAAUGACUCUUUACUAUACACUCGUAAACACAUAAACCCUUGCACUCUAAUAUAUUAAGAAUUGUAUAAACUUACUAUGCACAAGUCUCGAUGCCCGUCUUGAUAUUUCAUAACGUAAAUAACGUUAUUUUCGUUGAAUAAUCAAUGGAAAAAAACAAGUACCUACACGGGGUGUUUUUCACUAAAAAUUCGUAAACAACUUUUUGAAAAUAACUUAGUUAUUUUCUAUCAUUUUAUUUCUUUUAAAUUAUUUAAAUUAAAAGUUAUCAAAUAAGUAUACCUAACUUAAAAUUUAAUUUUUGAAUUUGUAACUAUUUAUUGACCUAUUUUGACAAGGUAUUUUAUUAAAUAACAUGUACAUUAAAUUAAAUCAAUUUAUAACAAUAAUUAUUUAUAUAAUAUUAUAAAAUAAAAAUUGUAUGUCUUGGCGUUCCAGUUUUAAACUCGACAUCUCAAGAGUCAUCUAUACCUAGCAGUGGUUUUUAACUGGUGUUUCUUGGACUUAAAAUAAGUGUUCCGCUAAAAUUUGAUGUAUGCAUUGUUUAAUAUAUUAUACAAUUUAAAAAUGUAUAUGAAUAUUGUUUUAUUUUACGUCUGUAUUCUAUGAAAUUCGUAUAAAAUGUUAAGUAUUCAGCCAUUCGAAAAAGGUUAAGAACCGUAUUAGUUUGAAUACGUUUUUGUGUUAAAAUUGUUGACUUCCGUCUACCCGUUUAGUUUAGCGGAACACUGUUCAAAUAUCGCCACUUAAAUCCAUGAUUCAUAAUUCUCUCCUACCCAAACUUAAAAGUAAAAUUCAUAGUCAACGGGUUGAUGAAAAUGAAAAAUGUCAACACCAAAAUGCAUUUAAAAUAAUAUAUUUUAUUUACAGAAUUUUGAAUAUAAGUAGCCAUUUGAAAAUGGAAAGUAAGUAGUCGUUUUGCCCCCAAAAAUAGAGGCGACAAUAGGUAAUGGAAUAAUUUCCAAGAUAUCACAAUGUCCAUAUCCUUCUGAUACACUCAGUAUGUAUGAUGAUAAAAAAUGUUUAAAUAUUUGUUUCAGGAAUGCAUGUCGAAUAUAAUGCUAAAGCACAUGUAGGAUGGCGUGUAAAAACCGUGUAUAUAAGAUGUUCGGAAUGCAUGGUUCCGUCGUACGAGCCAUUAGAACGGGAGAAAUCGUAUAGAAUAAUAAUGCCUAAAUAUUUAAUCGACGGUGGCGAUAAGUUUAUAAUGUUCAAAGCAGGAACUAACAAAGAAAACCUAAGUAAUAAUUAUCAAAAAUAAUUGUAGUUGUUUUUAUUUGUUUUGACGCGAGCUUAUCAACAUAAUAUAUUUACGUUAAUGAGAAUGAUCUCAACAUUCUUCUCUAUAUAUUUAAUAUAGUUUGUUUAGGGGACGGAUUUAUAUGCACUUAAAACCAACGAAAAAAGAACACUUAAACACGUCAUAAAAGCACUUCAAAAAUAUUAUAAAACGCGAAAAUGGUAAAGGAAUAUUAAGUCAUUUCCCCUCUAUAAGGAUUCUAAAAUUAUGUACAAAAAUGAUUAACACAGUUAUUUUAGAUUCUGAAAUGAACAAAGAAGCUUAUGAUUUUACAAAUAUGUUUAUUAUUAUUAUUAUUAUUUAUUUUUUAUUCGAACCCUUUUUUUACCAGAAAUCCGACUCUGGUGUAUGCGAUGUAGAAAAUUUUCUUUAAGGAGAUUUUCUUGGGAUGUACUUUAAGGAUGUUAUUUUUCGAUUUCGUCAGAAGUUUUCUCAUCAUAUGUGAAAAACCAAAAAAAAUCUGGAAAAUGUACGAAAUUCAUAAAUAAAAUAUUAUGAUUUUUUUUUUGUGGACAACUUUUUUAAUAGCAAAAGACUUCUGUUGGAAUACACUCCGAUUUACAAUGAUAGAUCUUUUUCUGAAAGGCAAUCUGACAGGGAAGGCACUUAAAAGAAGUAAUUUUUUGAUUUUCCCAAGAGUUUUCCUAGCAAAUUUGAAAAAUUGGAAAAAAAACAUGGAAAAACCGGAAAAAACGUAGGAAAAACGAGAAACUCGGUAAAAUAUUAAACAAAAUAUAUUUUUUUAAAGUCAUUUUAUGUAUAUAAUGCCUAUUUAAUUAUUUUACCAUUAUAUGAUAUAUAAAUAUUGUUGACAAAGCAUCACUAUCAAUUGAACUCCGCUCAGAAUCGCUUUUUCGUUAGAAAUGGUUUAUUGUUGCUUACAGAUAUACAUUAAAUUAUCUUGUAUAUCACACCUUCUUAACUACCCACCUAUAACAAUGGCUGCACCCACGUGUGAAGUAUGUUCGUCUUUUUUUUUUCAUACAUAGGUGUAGUUUAAUUUUAAAAAUGUAACUAUGUAAGCUAUAGUGGUUAUUAGGGGGACUUUUAAAGCCUUUUCUACCAUUUUAAAUUUUUAGAAUAUUUUUAAGUGCUUUUUUGAGGUUUUUAAGCGAUUUUUUUUUUUGGAUUUUAAGUGCAUACAAAUUUGUUCCCGAUUAUCAUGUCUGGAAGUCUUUAUACAAUGAUUAUAUUUAUAUUUUUUUGUUUUGACUUUCAGAAAUAACCGAAACGGAAGCUCUUCAAGAAUAUAUUAAAAAAGAGAGUCCAAUAUGGGCCGAACACGAAAACAGAAUAACAAUUUUGAAUUAACACAUUUAAACAAUUUAAUAAUAACGAUUGGUGGUGCAGCUAAGGCUAAUUAGGGUUCCAAAUUUUUUCAAAGAUAAAACUUUUUUAACUUUUUUUGUUAGUAAAAAUACUCCAAUUGUUUCACAUCGUACCGUGAAUUUGUAACCCCUGUGGUAUUUUUUUUGAAACACAUUUUCUACCAGACUCUUCACAUAUAAUCCAAACAAUAUUUAAAUAUGUUAACAACAAAUGACGAUUGUUGGUUUUUCUUUUGUUGAUUUUUGGAAUAUCUUGGAAAAAAAAAACACGACCGUGUACGACACUAUCAACUAUUCGAAAUUCAUAAUACCCCGCCGAAUCAAAUCCUGGUUGUGCCAUCAAUAACGUUGAUCAUAAUAUUGUAAUUUUUUUUAUUUUAUUUUAACUGUAUAAUAUAAUAAUCAUUUUAAUUUAUAUAAAAAAAAAAAAAAAAAAAAAAACCGUUGAAAUUUACUCGACGGUACAUAGUAUAUUGUUUAAAAACGUAUGAUUAUAGUAUUUGAUUUUUGUAAAGUGCGAUGACGCAUAAUAAUAGGCGCACAAAUAAUAUAUUAGUCUCUGCGGAAUCGUUAUAAUUUAUUACGAGUAGGUAUAAUAAUAUUGUGUAUUGUUGACGUAACAAGACGCAAAUAUUGUUCUAGUGUAGCAGGUACAGUGUAUCCGCACUAACCGCACGAAUAUAUUUAUUAUGAUAAUAAUAUUAUUACAAUUUCACAUGGCUGCAUGUCGAAAUGUAGGUAAUAACCAUGAAUAAGUUGAAUAUUAUACUGGG